AGGGUCCAUGCCUGCGCCUCUCCUUGCUUUUCUGGCUGUUUUUUUUUUUUUUUUGCUUCCCUUCUGGUGGCCCAUGCUUUUGAUUUUUCUAUGAUUUCUUCUUCCGACCUCUCCGCAUCCGCUUUUCGCCCCAUGUCGGCCAGACCGCCGCGUCCGGGGGGUUGAAAAGUGACGUGUGGUCUGUCCCUUCAUCCCUCCAAGCCUCGCUUACUCCUUACUCCCACGCUUUCUUGCCCACGUACGCCAGUCCCCAGCCUAGCACGUACGCAAACAACAAGCCCCAACGCCCCCCUUCUCCCUUUCCGUCUGCCCCGGGUAACCCUGUUCUACAUUCCGCACCCAGCAUCAUCUGCCGAUGGGGCCGCAGGGUACGCCGGCACGCCCUGUACACUGCCAGAGACACAGGUGGAGUGGGUGGCCUCGUCCGAGCACAAGGUUUUGCAUGGCAUUCCUCGCCGCCGGCUCAUACAUAACAUACCUACAUGCCUCACACACACGCUCUCGCUCCUCCCGUCUUCGCCUGCAACCUCGCUCGUGUUGUUGACUUGGCAUCAGUCUGUCUGCGUCCAUAUAUCCCUUGGCUCCUGCCCUUCCGCAUCCGAUCCAUCGGCGGGCAUUCUUCAUGAUAUAAUAAUUCGCCACUCCCUCCGCCGCCUCGUCUGGGACAGCGAGGUGGACCAGUCAAUAUUGAUCACUUGCGUGCUUCACUUCUAACACCAUCUUGGACUUUGUCCGCUCCACCCGACUCCGGAACCAUGACCGACCGUCACGUCACCAUGGCGCCGCGACGCCUCGCCAACCUAACGCUCGUCACCAAACACUUCGGCCCUGACGCUGACUUCUCUCGGGCCACCACCCCAGUGCCCAACUACUCGCAUCCAAGGCCCGACUCACGCCUGGCCUGUGUCCAUGCCCGUCCAGAGCGCCUCGUCGGCAGGUCCUCGAUUGGCUCCGACUCGUCACCUCCGGGCAUGGUGUCGGACGAAGAUGAGGACUACGCAUCCGGCGACGACGAGGACCACCAGUACCACCUGUCUCAGUCGCGUCUUUUCGACAGCUUCUGGCAGGAGGGCCCAGUCGAGCCCACCAGGUACCCAGCCCUCUUGGAGUCCCCCGUUUCGCAUCAUCGUUUCGACAAGUUCCCGGUGGCAGAACCGAAGCUCCACGACCACGAUGUCCUAGAAUCGCCGCGCUCAGUCAGGCUGGCACAGGACUCUUGGCCACUGCGGCCAAGCACCGCGCUCAGCACCACCAGACCGGCCCCUAGGUACUCGUUGUUCCCGCAGGCACAAAAAGCCCCUCGCCAGGCUCUGCCCCCACUGCGCGUCGUGUCGCCUUCCCCGUUCCUCCCACCCAUCGCGACCACCUCGGAACUGAGCCUGCCUUUCUUCAGCCCGAGCGAGAGCCCUGUUACCCCUGAGGUCUCACCUUCAGCUGCCGCGCCACCCCCUCGCGGCAUGUCGUUCUCCAAGCCGUGUCCGUUUUCCCCACUGCUUUCGCCUACUGAAAGCCUCCCUGCACCCACCAGCCUGGCACCAUCGCCUCCGACAACUCGACGAUUCCUUCCCUGGGAGAGCUCCAGCACCGAGGACGACUCCCUGAUGACCCGCUCGGUCCCCGCUUCGCCAUUUUGGCCAGAGCACUCCCGUCAUCACAGCAUCCCGCGCCUGCCGUUUCAGACAACCCGUCCUGCAAGUGCAGGACUGCCACAAGACUCGCUUCAGUAUGCUUCCUUCCCGCUUCCCCCGGUGCGAGGCCGUUCUGCCACCUGCCUGGCCUCGAGCCGAGCUCCCACAUACUUGUCGACCACCAACCACGUGUCUGCACCGGCCUCGGCGGCCCCUUCGCCACUGUGCAGCUCCUUCCGUCCGCCCUUGACCACAGGUAUGGGGGCCGGGAGUUUCCCCGGCGAGGACCUCCGGUCCUACUUCGAUCUCGACUCGGAUGACGAAGCCAGCGACAAUAAGAGCAACAAGGGCUCGUCGUCCAAGUUUACUCUGAAGAGCAUUGUUCGCAACCUGCAGCACAAGCGCAGCGUGUCUGACGUUCGUCGCAAAGCUAAGAGCAGCGAGGACGCUAAGGAACACGUCAGGCGCACACGCGCCGCCACCUCUGCCGCCGAAUCCUCUUCGCCACUUCGCAAAGUUUCUGGCCCUUCGCCUCUCACUCUCGCCGAUUUGGACCUCCCACCACCCCCUGCUGACGAGAGGGUGCUCAAAAAGCAAGGUAGUUUUGCCUUUCUCCUUGGACGCCUUGGUUAGCUCUGGCGCAUUCACUUUCUCUCUGCAUGCUUCUCACGAAACCCCACAUAUACGCUCACAUGAUUUUUUACGUUUUAUCACAUGUCUUACGCUCUGGCGAAACGCCUUCACUCGCACUUUUCCUUUCUCCCUGUUUACCCCCAUUGUUUACUUCAUGUUGCCUUACGACAUGAUUCCAUCCCUGAUUUGAGCACGACACGAAGAACUGGUACUGUAUUGGCUGUAUGAGCAUUCCGAUACGAUCCCCGCUAUGCAUAUUACGUUGUAUACUCCCUUGCUAUUUGUCAAGAUAUUCAUGUUGUCUUGUUUUACCUCCUUUUUCUUACUCGUUUCUCUUUAUUUCAUUCUCAUGUUUCUCUACUGUAUAAACAAACCCGACCAAAAAAAAAAAAGCACGAUGGGGGUAUAUCAAAGGCCACGAAGGUGGAUCCCAGGCGGACUCACAGUUGGAUACCAACAAAUUUCCUAUGUUAUUCGGUGCUGAGAGGAGACACGUGUGUGGCGCUCGUCACGAUACGGCCUAAUGCGUUGGGAUGGCUCAGAAGCGAAAUGGCUGACUGAUGGCGAUGAACGAUCUGACGAAGACUAUCUUGGACCUUGCCGUUUUUCUUUCUCUUACCUUUGUCAUUAACCGCUCUCUUCUCUCUUUCUCUUCGACUUCUCCCAUUUACCAUUAAUAAGACAAAGUCUCUGUUUAUUGAUCACGACUUACUCAGAGCCGCCGAUGAGAUGCAAAUUGAACGCGCCACGGCUCGAUCGUGGUAGCCGCGGCGGCCCAGGAAUAGAUCAGCCUAGCUUCGAUGUGCAGUGUGAACAUUAAUAGAUCGUGGCAAAGAGAAAA